UACUUUCUCUUUGGGCCGAGCCGAUUGGGGCCUAUCGGCAGUCGAGUCCAAGACUUCCAAUCCGACCGCAGGAAGGCAUAUAUCCAGGCCCAGAGCACCGCGGCGUGUCGAGGGGAGACGGCAGGGAGAAAGGGUUGUCGGGGAUGGAGAGGGCGGAAGAAGGGGGAGCAGCGAAGAAGGAGGAGGAGGAAGCCGCUGCAGAGAAGGUGUGCAGGCGGUGCAAGGUGACGUUCGACACCUCCAGUAACACGCGAUCCUCUUGCAGGUUUCAUCCUUCCUUCUUCGUCUGCCGAAGGCACGACGACCAAAAGAGGUAUUAUCAACUUGGUCCUGAUGAUCCACCCUAUGCUGCCAAAUUCUAUGAUUGCUGUGGAGCAGAGGACCCAGAUGCAUUGGGAUGUGCUACUGAUUUCCAUAUUUCCUAUGAUGAUGAUUGAUCUCUCUCUUUAACUUUUCAAUGCAGAAUUGUCAUCUAUCCACCUUGCCUAUGAUCUAGUCUGCCCUGUAUUAUCAACCAACCUUUCAAUGGUCUCAAAUUCCUGAUGUUCUUUCAUGUUACUUGGUGCCAAGAUAACUUUACAUAUUUGCAAAUGAUAUGAUGAUUGUACUAAGCUGUUCUUGAACAACAUUGUAACAAGUGAAAACUCUUAACAUCUUGGUCAUGAAACAUGAUAGGUUCCUGUUAGGAUUU